GUCCGUCUACUGCAAGACUUCCGGCUUCUUAAAACCAAUUCCAGGAACGUUAAUAACGUGGCUAGAUUAAAUUGCUGCAUACUACUUCCAACACUAGAUUACAUAAUGAAGUAAGCGUAGAAGUGUUUCGUAUUAUCGGGGUAGUAUCAGUCUUCCAACGAAAAGUGAACCAGCUGGCUACUGUUACGGACGGAAGUCUACGUGGAACUCGGGAACUUGUCCUACGGUUCGGCUAGCAACAAGGGCAAAUUUCUUUCCGAGUGUCUAGAAGUGGACUACCCACAUACCCGAAAAUAUGCAAGAGACAGAGCUAGCCAUCUGUUGAGAAACCGAGAAUGUGUGAGCUAAUUGUCAAAAACAACGAUUUGUUUUAUAGCUAACCAGCUAGCUUACUUACCAAUGUUUUACAAUGAACUAACUCACUAUUAGAUUUAGCUGUGAUUUUUUUUCCCCAGCUAACUAACGUGUUACUGUAGCUAGCUUAACUUGCGAAUACUACAUUGACAGUUGUACCAAAACAUGUGAAAGGUGUUGUAAACCUGACAAACGACUGAAAUGAGCAGCAAAAGUGUUAUCAGUUGUCGAGCUAUCGGUAUUUUAAGCAUAAUGUAAAUAACGGUAACUUAGCUAACGUAAGACAACUAAGUUAAGUCGCUCGCUGUCUUGAUAGAAUCAAAAAUUUAGUUUUCCAGGUAGAGCUAACUUGCGCGUUUGGUUGUCACACGUUGGAGCGGCGUUAAUUUUCGGGAGGCUAUUGCUGUGUGGCGCAUUCAUGGCUUUUCAAUGAUGGAUGUAGUUGCUGUAUCAUUUACAAACUAGCUGUAACUAAGUUAGUUAGCUAAUUACAAACAGGUUCUUGUAGGUAGCUAUUUAAUUUUCUUGACACCUAGCUAGCUAAUAUAUUGGAGGUCGGUCAUUUAUAAUCGUCUUCAUUCAGUUUAUUGUACCAUUCAUCCGCUAUUUGCCGCAAAGUAGUAGUACACGUCUGAUUUAAAGGAAGAAAUGUCGCCCGUCCCAACCCUCCCGCUACUGAUCAACUUUUGCAUGUCUGCUCUGGGAUGUGCGGCCACGCUGAAACUCAUUCCAGCCUUCAAAGAACAUUUCAUUUCAGCAAGGCUGUAUGGCAUGGAUCUGAAUAAAACCACGAAGAAAGAGAUCCCAGAGUCUCAGGGUGUGAUCUGUGGCACUGUUUUCCUCAUCAUCCUCUUCUGCUUCAUCCCUGUGCCCUUCCUUAGCUGCUUUGUAGGAGAGCAGUGCAAGGGCUUCCCACAUGAUGAGUUUGUGCAGCUCAUCGGUGCCCUGCUGGCCAUAUGCUGCAUGAUUUUCCUGGGCUUUGCGGAUGAUGUGCUGAACUUGCGCUGGCGUCACAAGCUUCUCCUUCCCACUGUGGCUUCGUUGCCCCUGCUGAUGGUCUACUUCACCAACUUUGGCAACACUGUCAUUGUGGUACCCAAGCCUUUCCGUGCCUUGCUCGGAAUGCACCUUGACUUAGGAAUUCUCUACUAUGUUUACAUGGGUAUGCUGGCAGUGUUUUGCACCAAUGCCAUCAAUAUCUUGGCGGGCAUCAAUGGUAUUGAGUCCGGACAAGCCUUUUUCAUUUCUGGCUCCAUCAUCAUCUUCAACCUGCUGGAGCUGAAUGGAGACUUCAGAGACGAUCAUGUUUUUUCCCUGUACUUCAUGAUCCCUUUCUUCUUCACCACAUUGGCCCUUUUCUAUCACAACUGGUACCCUUCUGCGGUGUUUGUGGGCGAUACGUUCUGCUAUUUUGCGGGGAUGACGUUUGCUGUGGUAGGGAUUCUGGGCCACUUCAGCAAGACCAUGCUGCUCUUCUUCAUCCCUCAGGUUCUCAACUUCCUGUACUCGCUCCCACAGCUUUUUCAUGUGGUACCCUGCCCACGACACAGGUUGCCCAGACUGAAUGCUGAUACAGGAAGAUUGGAAAUGAGCUACUCAAAGUUCAAAAGCAAGGACCUCUCCAAAUUGGGAUGCCUCAUUUUAAAGGUGGCAGAGAUGUUGUGGCUAGUGCAGGUGCGAAGAGGCCAGGAAGGAGAUGAUGAAUUUAUGGAGUGCAACAACAUGACACUCAUCAAUUUUGUGAUAAAGAUUCUGGGACCCACACAUGAGCGAAACCUCACUGCUAUCAUGCUGCUAAUACAGAUUUUGGGGAGCGCUGUGGCAUUUGGUAUCCGCUAUCAUCUGGUACGCCUAUUCUAUGAUGUCUAGAUAUCACCAGAGGAAACGAUGCCGAAGAGACUGCAGGAACACCCAUUCUGGAAUUUUUUAAAAUUCUACUGAUGAACUGUGAAAUUUUGAAUCUUUAAUGUUACUUUAUCUUGUGUAUCCCACACAAACCUUAAAGAAUACUCUUGACAUUACUUUUUUCAUCAUUAUCAGAUGAGUAAAUUAGCCCCCCUUUUUUAUAAGGGGCACUGACAAUUAUGCAUGGAAAGCUCUAGCUGGUUAUAAUUAAAAUGAGGACAUUGUAUAACAUAAUAUCUGGAUAUAAUUAACAGCAGUGGCUGACAGAUGCUAAAGGCAACAGUGCUAGUAUGGCAGUGGCAUUGGCCGUGGUAUACAGCGUGUCAGUGAGAGCAUCUGUUCUGGCAGGUUGUAGUUGGACUGCUGGGGUGGUGAGAAAUGAAAAUUUCUGCAGCAUUUUUUAUGUAGUGUUGACCCACAGAGACAGUUAAAGGGGUAGAAAGAGGUACUUACUCCAAUAGAGGCAUCAGUAUAUUCAUAACAUUGUCUGGUGUUUAGAAGGUCUGGUUUUUGAGGAUGUGUUAGAAGGAAAUAAAACAUUGUCAUGAAACUAUAUGUGCAAGUUAAUUUAGAUGUUCAAGUCCCUGAAAAUUUUUCAACAUCUUUUUUUAAAACGUGGGGCAGGAGUAUUUUGUGACAACAGCAACAUACAAAUGUAAAAACCAAAGAAUAUGUUACACACAAAUUGCAUACAGCAUAUUCAAAAUGAAAUGAUAAUCAGGACAUGUAUUUCUUUAGCUUAUAGUAGCAGGCCAGCUUGCUAAAUCACAUUUGCUAAAGCAGUGAAUAAAGAUCAAAAAAACUUUCUAUAAAUGGUAUACAAAUGAUCUUUAAAAUUCAGUAUUUAAAUUUAUAUGAAAAAUGUGCAGAAUAUUUAUUGACAAAAGUUGGAAUGGCAGGUAUGCCAUCUACAAAGUUACGGGUUGAUAUGGAAAAACCCCAUAACCAUACAGCACUGAGAGUCGGGCUUUCAUUGUUGUACCCCACAGAAAUAACCACACUGACCUGAGGUAUGACUCAUUACAACCCUUUACCUCUGUGCAAUCUAAUUUCAUUUGAACAUAUAGAAUACAUUAUACAACUUUAUAUGGCCAAUAAAUGGCAAAACUUGAAUUAUUUUGCACUUGUUCCUUGUCUUUGUCUUCUUCUCUGUAUUAAUUUUCCUGCCACACAGAAAAUAAAUAAAAUU